AUGCGACUUCUGAAGUGCAGCAGUACAGGAGAGUUGAGUUUUACAAAGAAACACGUUGAUGGAGAGCAGAUCCCACCUUAUGCCAUACUCUCCCAUACAUGGCAACAUGGCAAAGAGGUCACCUUUGAUGAUCUCGAAGGAAGUGCUGUGAAUGGGUCGAAAAGCAAGAGCAAGGAAGGCUACGACAAAAUCCAGUUCUGCGUACAGCAAGCGCAACGCGAUGGCCUUAACCAUAUCUGGGUGGAUACGUGCUGUAUCAACAAGAACGACAGCACUGAGCUCCAACACGCCAUCAAUUCCAUGUUUCGUUGGUAUCAAGCUGCGGACCAAUGCUACGUCUAUCUAUGGGACGUUUCGACAGUCGAUGGGUGCAUGAUCGACGGAUGGGAACCUGCUUUCAGGAAAAGUCUAUGGUUUACUCGAGGCUGGUACGUUUACUUAUUCGGAUACCCUCUUAUGAAGUCAAAAACUGAAUCUUACGCCUUUACUUACUGAA